UGUUACUAUUACUCGUCCAGCUGUCCGUCUUCUGCAUCCGUGAUUCAGAACUCUUCCUUUGUUAAUAAACGUUUCACACCCCUCUAUCUAUUCAUUGUUUGUCCAUUCUAACCAUCCCGGUUACUUCCCUUUGGCUUAUCCAUCCCUAGAUCUAUCUACAUAAUUCAGGAGUAAUCUAUAUACACGUUACACAUCCUAUCCUACCCCAUCCCAUUGAUUCGGGCACAAAGAAACGUCCGUCUCAUAGCUGCAAUACGAUAUAUCAAAUAUCAGGAUACCCCAACUUGGCUCACAUAUCAUCCCUAUUAAUCAGGUAACCUUCAUCGUGCUCCAAUUGUCUUGCCCAUCAUGGCGUCGAACAACAUGAUCAAUACGGCCGUGGACCCUAAUAUUGAAGAUGACCUAUUCGCAAAGGAGGUAGCAGCGGUUCAGAAGUGGUGGAGUGAACCGAGAUGGAGAAACACAAAGCGGCCCUUCACCGCGGAGCAAAUCGUCUCCAAGAGAGGCCAUCUCCCGAUCCAGUACCCAAGCAACGCACAGUCCAAGAAGUUAUGGAACAUCUUAGAAAACCGCUUCAACAAUCACGACGCUAGCUAUACCUAUGGAUGUCUCGAGCCCACAAUGGUCACACAAAUGGCCAAGUAUCUUGAUACUGUCUACGUCUCCGGCUGGCAAUCGUCUUCGACCGCCUCUUCGUCUGACGAGCCCGGUCCGGAUUUGGCUGACUACCCAUACACCACGGUACCAAACAAAGUCAAGCACCUCUUCAUGGCACAGCUCUUCCACGACCGUAAGCAACGGCAAGAACGUCUAAGCGUGCCCAAGGCUGAACGUGCAAAAUUGGCCAACAUUGAUUACCUACGACCCAUCAUCGCCGAUGCAGACACAGGUCAUGGUGGGCUAACGGCAGUGAUGAAACUCACUAAGCUAUUCAUCGAGCACGGGGCUGCUGGAAUUCACAUCGAAGACCAGGCACCUGGUACUAAGAAAUGUGGGCAUAUGGCGGGCAAAGUACUGGUACCCAUCAGCGAGCACAUCAACCGUCUCGUAGCAAUUCGAGCGCAAGCCGAUAUCAUGGGCACAGACUUAUUAGCUAUUGCGCGUACCGAUGCCGAAGCUGCAACGCUUAUCACGACAACCAUCGACCACCGAGACCACGCUUUCAUCCUAGGCAGCACAAACCCGCAGCUACAGCCACUCAAUGACUUGAUGGUGGCAGCGGAGCGCACAGGAAAGACGGGCGACCAGCUACAAGCUAUCGAAGACGCAUGGAUCAAGCAGGCAAGCCUGAAGCGUUUCGACGAGGCCGUAGUCGACGCUAUCAACGCCGCGCCGUCUCUGCCCAAUAAGAAGGAUCUGGUGGCCAAAUAUCUAUCCCAAUCUAAGGGCAAGAGUAAUGCCGAGGCACGCACCAUCGCACAAGGCAUCACAGGCGUAGAUCUAUACUUUGACUGGGAUGCGCCGCGGACACGUGAGGGUUACUAUAGACUGAAGGGCGGAUGUGAUUGUGCCAUUAACCGUGCCAUUGCGUAUGCCCCAUACUGCGAUGCCAUCUGGAUGGAGAGCAAGCUGCCGGAUCACAAACAGGCAGAGGAAUUUGCUCAGGGUGUGCAUGCUGUUUGGCCUAACCAGAAACUAGCAUAUAACCUCUCCCCGUCAUUCAACUGGAAGGCCGCAAUGCCGCGCGAGGAGCAGGAGACGUACAUCCGACGACUGGCGUCUCUAGGAUACUGCUGGCAGUUCAUCACGCUGGCAGGCUUACACACGACGGCCUUGAUCAGCGAUAAGUUCGCAAAGGCGUACGCGCGCGACGGUAUGCGCGCGUACGGCGAGCUGGUCCAGGAGCCAGAGAUGGAGUCGGGAGUCGACGUGGUGAAACACCAGAAGUGGAGUGGUGCUACGUAUGUCGAUGAGCUGCAGAAGAUGGUCACGGGUGGUGUGAGUAGCACGGCGGCGAUGGGUAAGGGCGUCACGGAGGACCAGUUUCAUUAAGUGGUAGUGGUGCUGGGGAGUGUGUAGGUAGACAUCUAGGUUACCAUGGAUGAGGACAGCCUAAGGUAGUCGCUCGAAGUUACUCUGGUAUGAUAACGGAGAAGCCGGUUCAAAACGCUGGUAUAUAUAUUGCGAUUGCUAGGUAUUAAGGCGUGCUUUAUUUAUGAAAUUGUAAAUGCAAGAAUAAAAAACUAUGAGUCUUUAUUUCCCC